AAGAUCUUAAAGCUUCUAAAAUUUUCAACAAAACGACACACGUUCAUGACGUACAAAAUGCUGUCUAGGAUGGCACCUCAGUAGUGAUGUAACACAGCCCGUGUGUAGGAAUAUGAACGGCAGACUGAGGUAACAGGGUUCGAUGCUAUUUAUCCAUCCUUAUCUGUCCAAAACCAACAAAACUCUAUGAUCGAAUUCCUGGCUUUCUUCACAAUCAGCAGGCAUGAGGAUCAGGCUGCAGGGCUCAGGCCAUGCGGCCCGUCUCCUCUCCGAGCUCAACCGCUGUCGUCUGUCUCGUCUCCUGUGCGAUGUGGUCAUCCAGGUCGGAGGUCGUUCGUUCCCCGCUCAUCGAGCGGUGCUGGCGUGUGCGUGCACACACUUUAAUAGCCUCUUUUCCAGAGGUUCCCGAAACGGUAGCUUCCCCGCCAACUUCUCUUUGGACUUUGUCUCAGCCACCAAUUUCGAGAAGGUAUUGACUUUCAUCUACACCGGUGAAAUUUUCACAGACCUUAUAGAUGUCCGUGUGUUGUACGAACUGGCGGAACGGCUGGGAGUGAAGGAGCUGGUGAGCGCUUGCCAUGCCACUUUUCCUGACCUGCAGAGCUCCAGUUCUGGAGACCAGGUGGGAGAUGGAGACGUGGAGAGCGAAAUGAUGUCCGCCGCCACCAUGGCUACGUCAGUCUGCUCAUCCUCCGCAGCAUCUUGUUCCUCACUGUCAUCUCCGGCCGCUCCUACACCUGUCACACCAUCUCCGGUUCCUCAAGGCAGGAAUUUUAGAAUAAACCGCACACACUCGGCUACUGUUUCGCUUUCCCAGUCUCCUAAAAAUGAGCACCUGCAUGUGCAUCUGGGAUACAGCCAGCUGGAGACCAACAAACCGAGCCCCUCGGAUAGUAACCGUACCACAGACGCUCUUCCUGGUCUCACUCUCCAGCUUAAGACUGAGCGGGACGAAGAAGGAGAUGGUGGAGGAAACAUCUCGGUGGACCACCUUGUGGUUAAUGGUAGCAAAUCAACAUUUGGGUCUCUUCCAGAAACCUGCUCCGUUCCUGACUCCUCAGCCCAGCUCGGAGGAGAAACAUGCGCCCCUUCGUCGUCCUCCAGUGACCCUCUGGACAGUUUGCAGCUGGGGUCCGUCGCAGGCGGAGUAGAAGUCAAAGAUGCGAGUUUCUUUGACGAAGAUGAUGCCAGGAAGAGGCACCACCUUGAGGAGGAUCAAACCGAGUCUGGGGAUCAAUGGAGAGCACUUUCAGAAGACAUCAUUGAGCUGAGCGAUGAAGAGGAGCACUUCAUCGUGGAGGAAGAGGAUGACGAAGACCUGAUGUGUAUUGAGAACGGCGAACAUGGCUCUUUAGGCCAGCUGGCUCCAUCGCAGCCAUGCAAAGCUUGUGGAAUGCUACUCCCUGCCGAAAAUGGCAUCAUUCGGACUCACGCCGAGACGCACCUCUCCGAAACAGGUUCAUGUCAGGUGUGUGGAGCCUCCUUCUCCGAGCGCGGGGCUGCUGUCACUCAUGCCCUCACACACGUGGGUAUCCUUCUGUUCUCGUGCGAUGUCUGUGAGCAGCAGUUUCAGAGCGAAGCCAUGCUGAUUCACCACAGACGUCUGUCUGCGGUCAAAUGCAGCCCUCAAAAUCCUGAACAACUGAGCGGCGCCUCACAGAGACAAGGAGGGGAACUGCAAUGUGCUGUUUGUGCUAAAGCCACUGCUAAUGAUUUUAAGGCUGUCCGGGAGCACGUUCAGAGUCACGUUUGCCUAAGGACACUACGCUGUGGAGUAUGUCAGCUGUCCCAAUCCUCUCGAUGCGCCCUUUUGUGGCACACUUUAACGCACCUCUUUCCUAUUUACACCUGUCCACAAUGUAGCAGCCCCUUCCUGGAGAGUUCGCUGCUAGAUCGCCACGUGGCCCUACACGCCGAGGAAGAGUCUUCUGCGAAACCGGACGCCAGCAGUCCGGAGACCAGCGGGGAAAGCCAAGGCGAGCUGCGCUGCUUCCUGUGUCCGCAGACCUUUCGCUCAGAAAACGCUUUCCAUUACCAUCUCACCGCACAUUCGGGUGAGCUUCAGGGCCAGACGUGGCCGACCAAGCGCAAGGCAGACCAGCUCAUGGAGUAUUCCUCAUCAUCUUCCUCGCCUUUGGAGGCCGGCGGCUCGGGUAAAACCGCAAAUGCAAGUUUCAGUGUGAACAUGGGUUUCGGCGUUCAGGACAAAAUGGUUCAGUUCACAAACGGCAACGUUUCCAGUGGUGCGGGCCUCAGGCAGAAAUGGUACCGCUGCAGGUAUUGCGGUAAGCACUUUGCACACUCGGGCGAGUUCACCUACCACCUCCGCAUCCACACGGGUGAGAAACCCUAUCAGUGUAAAGUAUGCCUGCGCUUUUUCCGCGGCCGAUCCACCAUGAUCUGCCACCUAAAGACACACUCGGGUGCCCUCAUGUACCGCUGUACCGUCUGCGGCCUGUUCUUUUCCACGCUCAAGAUGGUCUCCUCGCACAUGGAGGUCCACAAAGACCAGCUACCACCCGAUUUCAACAUAGAGGAGACCUUUAUGUAUAAUGACCACUCUAAAGAACCUGUCCCGAAUAUGGACGCCUGAACAGACGCCCUCCGAACGCUCCGCUACACUGUGCACCCAAAUUUCCUUGCUGAUGUUGUUCAGAAGAAGUGACUGUAGACUUAGAAUGUAACUUAAGUGUUUAAUGUGAUUGAUUGUUUGUUUAUGUGGCAUUGUGUACCGAAAGACCAAAUUUAAUGGAAAAGGUUAUUUUAAAAAUGUAGUGUUGUUAUCUAUCCACUAGAUGGCAAACGAGAUCUGUGUUACCUCUAAAAACUCUUCCUGCCGUUCUGACACACACGAUAAGCUAAAAGUCUUUGGUUUCUCUAAAAAAGCACAACCUUUCUCUUAUUCAGAGCAAGUGCGAGUUGAGAUUUAACCGGGACUUGUCAGAUAAGUCAAUAAGUCAAGGGUAUAAACAUUUCCUGUUUUUAAAUAAAGGUACUUUUCUUUUACAGAAUAGGCAAUAUUUUUAUAGUAGCAUUGUGUAUCACCUGACAUAGAUUAUGUUAGAAAUAGUAACUGGUUUAUGAGAAGCAGUACAUUUUGUUUGUAUUGUUUGUUCCCCAGUUGGAGAGAGGAUUUUGACUGAGGUGCUAAUAUAUCAGUCAGUUCAUACGACUGUCCCUAACCUGUUGAUUUGGGACAUACAAGUAUUUGUUUUAAAGCAGCAGUGUUUUAGGCAAGAUUAUGUUUUGAAAACUUGUUCUGUGCCAAUUUCCAAGCAACUUUACACACCUGAAAGAUGCUCACUGUAAAAAAUAAGUUGGUUUAACUUACUUUUUUUUAAAGGAGCAUGCCAACUUUUUGGGAUUUUAGCUUAUUCACUGUAUCGCCCAAAGUCCAUACAUACCUUUUUCAUCUCUUUGCGUCCCAUACCUCUGUCUGAAGCACCCACCGCUAGCCUAGCUUAGCACAAAGACUGGAAGUACAUGGCUCCAGCUAGCAUACUGCUUUAAAUAAGUGACAAAAUAACUGCAACAUUUUCCUAUUUAUAUGUUGUGAUUUGUAUAGUCACAUUGUGUACAAAUAACAAGGUCAUGAGACACAGCCAUCUUUUAACCAGAUACAUACUGGAAACUAUAUUUUCAGAAGGCUGCUUCUUGGGUGGAUAUUGGCGUUUUUUUUUUGUCACUUAUUGGGAGCAGUAUGCUAGCUGGCGCCAUUUACUUCCAGUCUUUGUGCUACGCUAGGCUAGCGGUGGGUGUGUCAUACAGAGUUACAGCAUGCACGGAGAUGAAAAAGGUACGUAUCUAACUCUGGAGAGUACGGUGAAAAAGCUAAAGUCCCAAAAAGUCAGCGUGUUCCUUUAAGUUACCUGGUUGCCUUUAUAUUUUAAGUUAAAAAACAAAAAUCUUAAAAACAUAUUUUACAUAUUACUAAUAUUUUUAAGUUGAAUGAACUUUUUAAGGCAAACAGGUAACUUACUUUUUUAAGUUGAACCAACAAAUCGUUCUUACAGUGUAAUGGAAAAACUUACCAUUUUAAUGUCUUUUUAAUCAUUUUGUGUUCACUAUAAAAAUCUAUUUGACAAAUAAAUGGAUGCAUCCAUAACAGAUGUAAUUGAUCAAGCCACAGUUUUAUUUGCUGUGGGCAUUUGAAGCCUUAUUUCUCAUGCAGCUCAGAAUAAUAAAGAAUGAACAAAACAUGGCCUUAUAAACCGAUUGAAUCAACUUCAUCUGUCAAUCAUAACUAGUUACGUUUCGAAAAAUGAGGACUGAUGUUGUGACUGCUAAAUAUGAGAUCUUGAUUCAUGUUGAAUAUGAGAUGAAUGUCAUUUUCAUAGCACAUUUCUUUUCAAUAUGAAAUAGUUGCCUUAUAUUACUUAUUUAUGUGAUUUAUACAUUUUGGCAUCACUGUCAAACGUCUUUUCUCUUUUAUCACAGCUGUACUUGUGUUCUGAUUAAAAGUGGUACUCUAAACUUUAA